CGGGGGUCGGCAGCGGCGGGCGGGGCAGGCCGGUUGGGUGAGUGGUAGCCCAAGACCCUUCGCCGCCCGGUGACGGGGACCUUUCAAAUCCCGAGGUCCCAGUGCGUGAGGGCCGACUCCAGGGUGUACGGCUUUUAAAGCAAAGGUCUAUCCUAGCCUCCACGAAAAAUACAGACGGUCCGGCAGGAAGUUCUUUCUCGAAUUUGCUGAAUGACCUCUGUGUUUACGACUGGGAUGAUUGUUUUCUUGAUCCUGCGCUAGAGUUUUGCUGUUUCAGUUAAUUAGGAUGAUAUAGCACUUUAAAGGAUAGUAAGUUCAGCUAAUGAACAAAAAAGAUUUGAGUUCUUGGUUUGGGCUAAAACUAUAGAGAGAUCAUGCCCUUUUGUACGGUGCAGGUUAUUGUCAUUCGACCGAUAACUUAUUCAGAUACCUUUGGGGACCUAGUAACGGCUAUGGAUGGAUUCUGUCCCUAUAAAUUUGCGAAUUUAGCUGUGUUGUCCUGACCCUCAGGACAAACUCAUCUAAUGCAGGCUCAGCUUGUACUGAAGGCUUUGUAAACAAGGAAAGUUCUGUAGGGUAUCAGCAUGGCAUUUCCAGAGAGUUCUUAAUCUACAGAUUUAUCAAGAACCAGAACCCCAUGGACGUCCCUGAGGGAGAUUGAGCCAACCUGGAUUUGAGGAAAGAAUGAGAUAAUGUGUGCUCAACGUGUAACAGACACCCCAGAAGUCAAGUGGCAGAAGGUUUUAUAUGAGCGGCAGCCGUUCCCUGAUAACUAUGUUGACCAGAGGUUCCUGGAAGAACUCCGGAAAAACAUCUAUGCCCGGAAGUACCAGUACUGGGCUGUGGUAUUUGAGUCCAGUGUGGUGAUACAGCAGCUGUGCAGUGUCUGUGUUUUUGUAGUGAUCUGGUGGUACAUGGAUGAGGGUCUUCUGGCUCCCCAGUGGCUUUUUGGGACCGGACUGGCAUCUUCCUUGGUUGGGUAUGUUUUAUUCGAUCUUAUCGAUGGAGGUGAUGGACGGAAGAAGAGUGGGCGGACCCGGUGGGCCGACCUGAAGAGUACUCUGGUCUUUAUCACUUUCACUUACGGUUUUUCACCUGUGCUAAAGACCCUGACGGAGUCUGUCAGUACAGACACUAUCUACGCCAUGGCAGUCUUUAUGCUGUUAGGCCAUCUCAUCUUCUUUGAUUACGGUGCCAAUGCUGCUAUUGUAUCCAGCACCCUGUCCUUGAACAUGGCCAUCUUUGCUUCUGUUUGCCUGGCCUCACGCCUCCCCCGGUCACUCCACGCCUUCAUUAUGGUGACGUUUGCUAUCCAGAUCUUUGCACUGUGGCCCAUGUUACAGAAGAAACUGAAGGCGUACACCCCGCGAAGCUAUGUAGGGGUCACUUUGCUUUUUGCCUUUUCUGCCUUUGGAGGUCUUCUGUCCAUUAGUGCUGUGGGAGCCAUACUCUUUGCUCUCCUGCUGUUUUCCAUCUCCUGUCUCUGCCCUUACUACCUCAUUCAUCUGCAGCUUUUUAAGGAAAAUAUUCACGGGCCUUGGGAUGAAGCUGAAAUCAAGGAAGACUUGUCUAGGUUCCUUAGCUAAUCUAGGGACCUUCAUUUCAUUAUUAAGACCAGCGGAAAGACUUCGAGCCUAACCGGUGCAACAUUUAAAGGCAGGGGUCCACUCUUGAAGCAGCCGACUGAUCUAGAUGGUAGAGCUGAGAUCAGAAGAAAGCAUUUAACCAAGGGCUUAGGGGAGGGUGCUUGUCCUUCAGUUAUUUUGUGACUGAAAAAGCUUUCUGGUGCUGUUAUGAAUUAUUGUCCUUUAUUCCCUGUAACAAAUGAUGUAAUGUGGGUUCUGCUUAUUAAAAAAGUAAUAUCCAUUGCAUUGUCUAGUAUUUUAAAAAAAACAAAACAAGGAAACCCUUAUUUAUGUGUGUAUAAGAGAGGGGGUUUGUCUAUUUCCAGUAUGUAUGUCCCACGCAUCAAAUUCAGGCCCUGGCAACAGGCCUUUACCAGCUGAGCCAUCACACUGGCCCUGUCUCAUUUUUAUGAGAGCAUAAGACAAAAGUAGUAUGAAGGUGUGUGUGUGUGUGUAAAAGUGUAAUCAGUUGUUUAGCCUUUUCUGUGUAUACUAAGGGACACCUUUAUAUAUCUAGAGCCCAAAUUUGAGAAUCCCUGAUGGUGGCAUCCAGUUUGUUGUCCAAUACCACAGAAGUGGUCACUCAAGGAGAGCUACAUGCCAUAGAAACAAAACGUUAGCGAUAUGAAAGAGGCUGGAGGGUGAGUUCAUCUCAGGCAGUUAGGAAACCAGAGGUGACAUUUAAUUUACUCGUGGAGGAUAGCAGGUGAAAGCCUUUGAGAAACAGAUAGGUAAUACUAGUGAGAAUGGAAAACUAUGGACCAAGCAAGUGUGCCCAGUGAGGGCAGCUGUUACCGCUCCAAAAGUGUUGUUUCUACUCAGUUUGGGAGUCAUACCUGUGGCUCAGAGAAAGUAAAUAUUGCAGUAACUGUGAUUCUGAUUCGUAAUAUGAAUAUACUUUGUGAACUGUCUCAAAUUUAAUUCAGAUUACAAAAACAUUUGCAGGCAAGAUGUGACUACAUAUGAUAGUCAAAGCACAAUGAUGGGAACGUGAUGGGAUUUAGUCACAGAGAUCUGGGGGAGGAACGAAAGAGUGGGAGCUUGAGUCACUGAGUUCGGCUCUGUUGAUCAAGUAAUUGGACCCUGCUGCUGGUGAUGAGCAAUCCAUCUUGUCUAAAGAUGGGACAAAUUGUGAAGUCUGGAAUUACCUAACCGUUCAGUUCUCAGCUUUCACCUUUAAUAUUGAAGAAUUGUUGCAAUAGAUAAGCUGUGUGAAGCGUCUUGAAGAGAGCCCAACCCGAAGCUCGAUGUUAGUGCUGAGCACCUCAAAUGCAAAAUUCUGAAAUCUGAAAUGCUCCAGGAUCUGCUCUGAAAGGUUUUGAGCACCAAUGCUAUGCCCUGUGAAAAUUCUACAUUCUAUUCCAUGAAAUCUGUGCAAAACUAUUUAAGAAGUAUAAAACUGUCUUAAUAUGGUAUAUAAGUUGUAUAUGAAGUAAUUAAGUCUUAUGUUUAGAUGGGUCCUGUUCUCAAGCUAUCUCUAUGUAAAAAUUUCAAAAUCUGAGGGAAAAAAUUAAAAAUGUUUUUGGUAUUGGAUAAGGGACAUUGGAGGUGUCAUAACAGUUGGAAUGUAGGUUAAAUUUGAAGAGGGCAAAGGCACAAAAUGAAUGAGGUACUUUCUCCAGUGGCUGCUUCCAUCUGUGCAAGUGGUACUUGCCCUCUGCUUGUUGUAAGUAGUCUCAAAUUAGAACUAACAAGCGGGUAGUAGUAUAGCAUAUUACUAUACUGUGAAGUAAUCCUUUUUAUUUUUCUGGUUUCUCAUAAAAAUCUUGACGAGGAAUUUCAACUAAUGCCAUUUUUUUAUGUUUACUGUUAUUGAUGAAGAUUGUUUCAUGAUUAAAAAAAAAGUGGGUUAUUGUCCCCCAAGAUCACUUACCCUGCUUUCUCAAACCCACGGGCACUUGGUUUGGGGGGGAAAAGACAAAGAACUGCCCCAUGGAGCCCAAAGCAUCCAGGCAUUGCCUGUGAUGGAUUGUACACAUUGUGUCUCCAAAUUGGCACGAAUUAUUCAUCGUUCACAUCAACGGAUGGCAGUUGGAUGUAAAAAGGUAUUGUAAAAAAAAAAAAAAAGAAAAGAAAA